AAGUUAAGUUAUUCGGAAGCAGUGCAAUGCCGUAGGUCAACAAUAACAGUGGAGGUUUUACGUGCAUUUAACAAUAGAAACGCUAGAUUGUGACAACAUCAGACCGGCAACGUUAUUGUUGUAUUCCUGUUAUACAGAGGAUGGACGCAACUACGUGUUUGAAAUCAAUGUUGCUAGUCAUCCGUCAAUACAGAAACAACAGAUCUGCGGCCAAUGCAUCACAACUCAAGAGACAGAUUGAUGACUUGGCUGGUGUGAAGUGUGGCAGGUUGCUGGUGUCCGGCCAGGUGCUGCCCAGUGAGUGCCUAAGUGGGUUGGUCGAGCUGGCGGGGGACCCCAACACUAGCCCUGCCCUCACAGGAACCAUCAUCUCCCUGCUGGCCCAGCUUGCAGCUUCUGACGAUGAAAGCAGAGAGGCCCUCCUCAGCAGCUAUAACCUCACAGGCACUUUGGCCUCUGUUAUCCACUGCAACAGUGCCACCCCCAGGGAGCCUGUUGUAUUGCAGUGCCUACCAGUCUUACAGAAGCUCACCUACAACAUGAGGAUUCCCCACUGUACCCCUUACAUGGAUGAGCUCAUAGCCUUCCUCAUACACCAUGUCCAAUCUCCUAAUGAAGACCUCACAAUGCCCUGCCUGGGUGUACUGGCAAACCUGUGUCGGAGCAAUCCAUUUGUGCAGACACACGUCAAAUCAUUGAGCCAUGUUAAAGCUUUCUACAGGACACUCAUAAACUUCCUGGCACACAGUAGCCUGACUGUGGUGGUGUUUGCACUAUCCAUAUUGGCCAGCCUCACCCUGAACGAAGAGGUUGGGGAGAAGCUGUUCCAUGCAAAGAACAUAUACCAGACCUUCCAGCUCAUAUUCAACAUCAUUGUCAAUGGUGAUGGAACUUUGACCUGCAAGUAUGCUGUAGAUCUUCUAGUGGAUCUGCUGAAGAACCCCAAGAUUGCAGAUUACCUCACCAGGUACGAGCACUUCUCGCUCUGUCUGUCUCAAGUACUUGGCCUGCUGCAUGGAAAGGACCCAGACUCGGCCGCCAAGGUUUUGGAGCUGCUGGUUGCUCUGUGCUCAGUGCCGGGCCUGCGCAGGCAGCUGUGUCAGAGUGUGUUACGAGCCCCGGGGCCCCGCCUGCAGGCUUUGGCAAAGAAGGAUGGGCAGGGUCGCGGGCCGGAGCCGGACCCAGGGCUGGCGCUGCUGCAGUGGGCCAGCCUGCCCUUGGACAGGCCUGAAACCUGCUACCUGCAGGCUCUGACACUGUUCGCGGAGCUGUUUGAGGAGGUGGCCGUGUCUCUCCCGUCUGGGUCAGCCCGAGCCUUUCUGGACCUCCUGCUGCCGGUGCUGCUGGGCUUGCUUCAGGGUCCAGGCAUGCCGCUCAGUGAGCUGCAGGUGAAGAAGCACUGUGUUCGGGCUGCCCGUGUGAUGGAUCUGCUGCUUGUGCUGAGCUCGCAUGAUGAGAUGAAGAUGCAAGUGUCCCAGCAGCUCAGCUCCCAGCUCUGCGUGUCACAGGUGGAACUCCUGCUCUCCAAUAGCCAUAUGGACACAGGCUUCGGCUGCCCAGCCACCAGCUCUGACCUCAGCCAGGUGGGUGCGGAGGUGGUCCUGAAGGUUCUGCAGCUAAUGAGCCAGUUCAAACAGGUCGUCCGGGAUAUGGAAACCAGCUUCUACAGGAUUUUGCAGGACCAGCGGAUGGUCACGCCCUUGUCCCUGGCCCUGGCUUCGGACCGCAGGGAACAUGUGCAAACUGCACUGCGGAUCCUUCUGGAAGCUGCACCCCUCCCUGAUUUCCCUGCAAUUGUCCUGGGAGAAUGUAUUGCUGCCAACAAUGCAUACCGACAUCGGGAGGUGGAGCUGUCCAUACAGUCUCCACCCACAUUAGGGAGGACCUUCCCCACGAUGAGUGCUAACCCUCCCAGCUCGUCCCCCCAUAGCAUACACAACCUCAUCGAGAAGCUUCAGAGCGGAAUGGAGUUACAGGAGCAGGUGAAGGACGUGCGAGUGUCGGAGAUCAUGGAUGUGUACGAGCAGAAGAUUUGUGCACUGGCAUCUAAGGAGAGCCGUUUGCAGGACCUGCUGGAGGCCAAAGCUCUGGCGCUGUCUCAGGCUGACCGACUCAUCGCACAGUACCGCUGCCAGAGAGCACAGGCUGAGGCCGAGGCGCGGAAGCUGGCGUCCCUGCUGAAGGAGGCAGAGCGGAGGAAGGAGGAGCUGCAGGGGGACCUGAGCACUCAGAUGCUGGAGGCGGAGCGAACAAAGGCUGACAUCGAGCAGCUGCUGCAGCACAACACCCGCCUGCAGACUGACUCCCAGGAGCACCAGAGUCUAAAGGGCUCCUACAAUGAGCUUCUGCACAGGUAUAGUGAGUGUGAGAGGAUGCUGAAGGAGCUGCAGACUGCCCACAUCUCUCUGAACAAACAGGCUGAUACUCUGAGAAAGCAGAACGAGAGUCUAAAACUACAUCAGGACAGACUUCUUACCCAGCUGGCAGAACAGGAGGAGCAGAUCAAAGGCCUCGAUUCAGACCUACAGGAGAGAGGAGGAGAGAUCUCAGACUUGCAGCAGGAGUUGAAGCGGCAGGACGAACGCUCCAAAGAGAGGGAGCGAGAGAGGAUGGACAUGGAGGACACCAUCGACGUGCUGAGGAAGGAGCUUAACAAGACUGAGCAGGCCAGGAAAGAUGCCAGCAUCAAGGCCUCCUCCCUGGAGCUGCAAAAGUCGCAGCUGGAGGCCAAGCUGCAGAAGAAGGACGAGGAGCUGAGUAAACACGGUCAGAUGCUUGCUAUGAUCCACACUUUUACUGGUGGAAAGCUGAAGAAUGAAACCGUCAACCUGUCUUUGUAAUGCACACACAGACAUGCUGAAAUGAUCAGCUUGUCCCAAUGACUAACCACCCCCUCCAACACCACCACCCCAAACUACAUGCAUGCAGACACACACACAGUCUCUCACACACCCACACACACACCCACACAUAGUCAAGCUGUUCAUAAGCAAAAAAGUUGUUUUUGCAAGCAACAUUUAUUUUAAAAUUUAACUUAUUGUAGCGUCCUUGCUGUCAGCAAACUCAAUUUUGAAUAGUUAAAAUCUUGCCUUCAUGAAAACAUUACCUGCAGUGAUAUGCAGGAUUUAAUAUUAUCAGUACCAACCUGUAUUUGAUUAUUACAGUUGUGUGACAGAUGUUUUAUAAAAUAAUUUUAUAUAAUCUUGUUCACAUCCAUAUCUGUGUUUUAUAUUUGUAUUAUUGUUGUCUCUUUUAAUAAAUGAUUUGGCUUAGA